UUAAUGGCCCUUGCAUCUGAGCUCUGGCUGGCGACCGCAGCUUGGUCGGAACGGACGUUUUCCCGCGACUAGCACAAAGGUCUGAUUGGCGGGACGAAAGCUAAUUUAAGUGAGCGAAGUAGGAAGUAAUGAUUACUCUUCUGUUUAUACAGUAAAGAUGCGGUGUCAACGGGUAGAAUGUCGGAGGUCGCUGGUAUCAUCUAACAUUGCUUUAUCAACGAAACCUCAUUGGUCUUAACAGCUUAUCACCUCAUUUAUCGUUGGCCAAGGUAGGAUAUUGACUCCAAGAUUAUGAGCGGUAUCGGAUUUCUCAAAAGUCACUUGGUUUUACUCAGCCCGCGUCAUAUACUAUAAGCUAUAUUAGAUCCUUGAGAGCCGCGUAAAGUCUUCGAGUCAGUCAGUAGACGCCGCGUCGGUUACACCACUCCCUCUUCCGAUAUAACUCGAAGUAGAAAAAUGGACACCGAAGAGUUCCGCGUUAGGGGCAAGGAGAUGGUCGAUUACAUUUGCACGUACAUGAAUACUUUAAGCUCGAGGCGAGUGACUCCAUCUGUUGAACCUGGCUACCUUUGCGCUGCGUUGCCCUCCGAGGCACCACAACAUCCGGAAGAUUGGGAUGACGUUAUGAAGGAUGUAGAGAAUAAGAUAAUGCCCGGUGUUACACAUUGGCAACAUCCACAGUUCCACGCUUAUUUUCCUGCAGGCAACGCGUAUCCUUCUAUUCUUGGUGAUAUGCUCUCAGCUGGUAUAGGAUGUAUCGGAUUUUCAUGGGCUGCAAGUCCUGCUUGUACUGAAUUGGAAGUCAUCAUCUUGGAUUGGAUUGGAAAAGCUAUUGGCUUGCCUCCGGCAUUCUUAGCUCUUCAGGAGGGGAGCAAAGGUGGUGGUGUAAUAGAGAGUUCAGCGAGUGAGAGUGUUCUAGUGUCAAUGCUUGCCGCCCGCGCCGCGGCUAUCAAGCAACUCAAGCACCAAUUCCCAACGGUCGACGAGGGACUUCUGUUGUCCAAGCUAACAGCCUAUUGUUCUAAAGAGGCCCAUUCAUGUGUUGAAAAGGCAGCUAUGAUUUGCUUUGUCAAGUUGCGGAUUUUACAGCCCGACGAUCAUGGAUGUUUGAGAGGCGAGACUUUAAAGCAGUCAAUGGAAGAAGACGAACAAGCCGGUUUAGUGCCAUUCUUCGUCAGCACAACAUUGGGUACAACAUCCGGCUGCUCAUUUGACAACCUUCCUGAAAUCGGGCCCGUUGUUCGGAAAUACCCAUCGGUUUGGCUGCAUGUCGAUGCAGCGUACGCUGGAGGCGCCUUCCUCUGCCCGGAACAUAAAUAUCAUCUGGCAGGAGUGGAAUACGCCGACUCAUUUAAUACGAACCCUAACAAAUUUAUGUUAACCAGCUUUGAUUGCUCUCUUCUGUGGGUCACCAACAGAUACCUUUUAACGUCGGCUCUGGUAGUAGAUCCUUUAUACCUGCAACAUUGCUACGACCACACGGCCAUCGAUUAUCGCCACUGGGGUGUUGCCCUUAGUAGGAGAUUUAGGGCCCUAAAAUUGUGGUUUAUGCUUCGAAGCUAUGGCAUCAGCGGCCUACAGAAAUACGUACGACGCCAUUGCGAACUCGCAAAAUACUUUGAAAAUCUUGUCAAGAAAGACGAAAGAUUUGAAGUCUGCAAUGAUGUCAAGUUAGGUUUAGUCUGCUUCCGACUUAUUUGUGGCCCGGAUGAGACUCCGAAACAAAAAGAUGACUUGAACAAGAAAUUAUUGACUAAUAUAAAUGCAUCUGGAAAAAUUCAUAUAGUCCCCGCGUAUAUUCAAGAUAAAUAUGUGAUCAGAUUUUGUGUGGUCACUCAACAUGCCACUCGUGAUGAUAUAGAAACCGCAUGGGAUGUCAUAACUGACUAUGCUACUGAAUUACUGGAAGGACCGGACAAAGAAAGGGUAACCAUAAAUUUUUCUAAAAUACGUCCUAGUUCAAAAUAAUCUGUGUAGUAUAUAUAUAAGGUGAGUGGGGGGACGAUUGAACGGUUUUUUUAAUAGGAUGAGCAGAGUACUGUUUGAACCUCUUAUAGAACAAUAAAUAUUAACCUGUACUAAUUUAUGGCUUUAAUUAGUAACAAGCAAAAACAAUACUUUUUUAUCAAUAACGUCCUAUCCAUUCAAUCAUAUCCUAUAGAAUCUCCUACAGAAAUCACACUAUCAUGUUAAUGAAAUAAAUUUAUUAUACACUUAACUUAGUUUAAUAUUGAGAUUUUUCA